AGUUCAACCUGAUCAUUGAAUGACAAAAGUUCUUUUUCUUUUUGUAUUAUACAAAAACAUUUAGUUCUUAGCCAAGUGUUGCUUUUUUGUAUUCAUCUUUGGGAAAAGGACGUCUGCUUGAUAUCCUGCUGAGCUUUAUUUAAUUUUCGUGUACUUUAAAGUGAUGGCCCAAGAAAGAAUAACUACCGAAGAAGUAAGACCAAGAGUGUACAGUAUAGAUCAGAUCCUGGGGGUUCAAAGUUCCCAGCGAAGAUCAAGCGCUGAAGAGCUCGAAAAUAAAAAUGAAUGCGUCAGCGAGGGUGAAAUUGUUGAAGGCGAGGGGAUGGAAGAUAUGGCAGAGUCGAGGCCGCGGAAAAUAAGAAGGUCUCGGACAACGUUCACCACUUACCAGUUGCACCAACUUGAAAGGGCGUUCGAGAAAACUCAGUAUCCUGAUGUUUUCACAAGAGAGGAAUUAGCUAUGAGACUGGAUUUAAGCGAGGCCAGAGUGCAGGUUUGGUUUCAAAAUAGACGAGCCAAAUGGAGAAAAAGGGAGAAAGCCCUGGGUCGAGAGGUAACAACAUUUAUGCAUCCGGCAGAACAUUCAGGUUUACCGGAAUUGGCUUUUCAUGCUCAAAUGGGUAUUUCGCCAAUGGGUGUGGACCAUUUCUGGCCGGGAUUACCGUUUCCGCCAAUGUUUAAUCCGGCACUGAGCUUACCGUGGGCUCCGAAAUCAUCCCUCUCAGUUCCGUCAUUCCACGCACUUCUAUCGCAAUACGUUCUAGCUAACGGUGUACCGCAAGGUUCCACGCCGGGACCGACGGCAGAAGAACGAUCGCCCAGUUCUAGUCCCGAAACGAUGAACGAGGCACCGUUAUCCCCUCGAAGAACAUCAAUAGAAACGUUGCGGUUGCGAGCACAAGAGAUGAUGCCCAGUGGGUCGUCUCAACAACCCCAACUUCACGCGAAAUCUUAAGUUUUUUGAAAUAAUUACAACGUACAUAAAGUACGAUAUUCAAUAGCGAUGUAAAUAAGUGUACCUAAAAUACGAUUAUCCCCGUGUAUAUAGUGAACAAUUUAGAAUUUAGAUUACAAUUAAUUAUCUACUCGUUAAAGUUUUGUUAUGUGUAUCAGGUGGGUUAAAUAUGCUGUCAUUGAUGUUUUUAUAUUUACUUAAAGCAAUUAUUUUCUUAUAUUGUAAUAUAUUUGAAGUUAGGGAUGAUAUCUGUUUUGCAUCUUGAAUUACGUUAUAAAAAUAAAAAUCUAUUUAUUUCUUUGCAUUAAUAAUGAAGUAUUUCAAUUAAUUCUAUGUUGAGAGUUUUCCUGGAGGAAUUAAUCCAAAGAGACCACGGCCCAUCAGCCCGAAAAACUCUCAACAUAGAAUUAACGCCGGCCGUGAAAGCCUACACUCAACCAUUAUUUCAAUUAAGUAUUUAUAAGUAGCACGAAAUAAGCAAUCUAUCCCAUCUUUUUGUUGUA